AUGGACAAAAAGAUCAAAACUGCCCAGCAUCAAAAACUAAUCGCGUUGGAGAACAUUAAAUCGCUGGAGCGGUUUACACAGGCGUUCAGCAGCGACGAUGCAAGCCAAAUUCCGGAGGCUUUGAAGGGGCUGGAGCAGUACAAGCAGGAGUUUUUCACCGCAGUGGCGAAACUGGAGGAAUGCGACGACAGCAGUGAAGCGAUACAAUCCUGUAUCAACGACAGGAUCGAUAUGGAAGAACGGUGCCGGCGGCUAAAAUCAUUUCUCAGAGAGAACCAACGGAAGGACGCCAACCCGCUAAACGAAUCCACUCUUUUGGCAAAUUCAACGCUUGCGUUUGGACGGCCAAACGCACCCAAUCUUCGGUUGCCAAAAAUCGAACUACCGACGUUCGAUGGGGAUUCAACAAAGUGGUUGUCAUUCCGCGAUCGUUUUGUCGCUAUGAUCGACGCUUCACCCGACUUACCACACAUUGCAAAACUACAAUAUUUGCUUUCUUCGUUGAAGGGCGACGCAGCGGUGCCCUUUGAACAUGUGGCUUUGACUACCGAGAACUACGCUGUGACGUGGGCGUCACUUCUUAAACGUUACGACAAUACACGGAUGCUGAUUCGCGAUUAUUGGCGGAAGCUUCAUUUCCUUCCGGGAAUAGAAGCAGAAAGUGUCGACGGUUUGACAUCGUUGGUGGAUGAAUUCACGCGGCAUGUGAAUGGAUUGGUGAAACUACAAGAACCAGUCGAUUCGUGGGACACACCUCUGUCCAACAUGCUUCUAAUGAAGAUGGACAACGAAACCAUCUUAGCGUGGGAAAAACACUCCGUGCAGUUUAAAAGGGAUAAGUACCGUGAGCUGAUUGAAUUCCUGCAGGAUCGUGUUCAAAUAUUGAAAUCGAGUAAGAGCUUUGCAUGCGCAAAGAUUGCACCGACCAAGGUGGCCGGCGCACAUCGUCUUCCUGCAUCACGGAAGUCGAUCACGAGCGCAGCUGCAAUGCAGAAGAACGCACCCAUUUCCACUUCACCACAACUACAGAGAUGUCCGUUGCAGUGUCCGGAACCUCAUCUACUACGCAAUUGUCCGGAAUUCAUCAACAAGGAGAUACAACAACGACGUGACAUCGUCAAAACAAAAGGUCUAUGUUGGAACUGCCUCAGCAACUCACACCAAGUGAAAUCGUGUAGAUCAGACUACUCGUGCCGAUCAUGCCGUGAACGUCAUCAUAGCCUACUUCAUCACGCUUCUCAUUCAUCCGUAACUGUUCAACCGAAAGUUACUUUGGCGGCUCAAUCCGACGAUGAAAUGGUGUUUCUCGAGACGGCAAUGGUUUACAUCGUAGACGAUUAUGGAGUUAAGCACGAGGCUAGAGCGCUUCUUGAUUCGGGAUCGAUGUUAAACUUUAUAUCGGAAUCAUUGGCUCAGAAACUCCUCACCCCUCGUACGAAGGUGAAUGUGUGCGUUACUGGCAUCGGGUCAGCAAGGCAGCAGGUGAAAGGUUCAAUCACCGCUAGUGUUCGAUCUAAGGACCUACACUUCACCACACCGAUGGAGUUUUUCAUCCUUGACACACCAAUCGCAGCCAUUCCUACCAAACCGGUAGACGUUUCUUCAUGGGAUAUGCCGAACGUGACCCUCGCUGAUCCCACUUAUCACGUUCCUGGUAAGGUGGAUCUCAUCAUCGGCAGUGAUCCAUUCUGGGAGGUUCAUACUGGACGUAAGCGAUCAUUAGGCGCAGGCAAGCCGUGGCUAGUGGAGACCCGAUUUGGAUGGGCUGUUUCCGGAAAUACAGUGCAGUCAUCACCAGCUCCACGUGUAUGUCAUGUUGCAACGAGCGAAUGUCCUUUGGAGGCAAUCAUGACACGUUUCUGGGAGAUCGAAACCAUCUCCGAUGAGCCCGCUCUAUCUGUGGAAGAAGACAUCUGUGAGAAUCAUUUCAUCGCUAAUACAACUCGGGAUGGUUCAGGAAGGUAUGUCGUUAGCUUGCCACACAAGUCUAAUCCCAAUAUCAUUUUAGGAGCCUCAAGGCAGAUAGCAGAUCGUCGUUUGCUAGCGGUGGAACGGCGACUGAAGGCUAAUCCUGAAAUGAGGGAAGCAUAUUCGUCAUUCAUGCGAGAGUAUGAACAUUUGGGACACAUGAUAAGGCUCGAGGAGCCAAUUGAUGAAUCAUGUCCACAUUACUACCUACCGCACCAUGCUGUUGUAAAAGAAUCCAGCACAUCGACAAAGGUUCGUGUAGUAUUCGAUGCUUCGUGUAAGACGACGUCAGGUUAUUCCUUAAACGAUUCCCUGCUGGUUGGACCUGUCGUUCAGCAAGAUCUGUACACUAUCAUGCUUCGAUUUCGGUUACACGCUAUUGCGCUCACAGCUGACGUUGAAAAGAUGUACCGUCAAAUCCGACAUCACCCUGCAGAUAAAAACUUUCUUCGAAUUCGGUACAGAAAGGAUCCGUCAGAACCAAUAGCAACCUACGAAUUACAAACCGUAACGUAUGGUACCGCAUCUGCGCCAUUCUUAGCCACACGGACAUUGAAGCAAAUUGCAUACGAUCAUCAGGAACAGUAUCCUCGAGCAGUCGUUCCGGUGCUUCGAGAUUUUUACGUUGAUGAUCUGUUGACGGGGACAGAUGAGAUAUCAGACGCGAUCGAGAUGCAGAAACAAAUCUCAUCCAUGUUGCAGUCAGUUGGGUUUGCGCUGAAAAAGUGGGCAUCGAACAAUCCUAAGGCGCUUCACGGGAUCCCUCAGGAGGAUUUGGCAUUGCAAACAUGCCAUGAAUGGAACAAAUCGCAAUUUGUGUCCACUUUGGGACUGAUCUGGGAGCCAGCAGCAGACGUUAUUCGGUUUCGCAUCGAACUACCGCCUUCUGCAUCAGUGUUAACAAAGCGCUUGGUUUUAUCGUAUAUCGCUAAAAUAUUCGACAUCCUCGGAGUACUCGGCCCAACGAUAGUUAUUGCCAAACUAUUUAUGCAGCAGUUGUGGUCGCUUAAGGAAAAUGGUGUUGCACUGGGUUGGGACAGUGAGCUACCAUUGCAUCUUCAACAAGAGUGGAACAGGUUUCACUCAUCGCUACAUUCUCUUCGUGAGUUGCACAUUCCACGGUUCAUAUCGCUUCCAAAUGCAACUACCACCCAAUUGCAUGUCUUCGCGGAUGCUUCUCAAGCAGCAUACGGAGCAUGUUGCUAUUUUCGGGCAGAAAAUCAUCACGGGAUUUCUGUGAACCUGUUGACCGCAAAGUCAAAGGUUGUUUCACUAGCUAACACUCACUCGAUCGCCAGACUCGAGCUCUGCGCUGCACGAUUGGCCAUACAAUUGGUUAAGAGAAUCAGUACGUCACUCAAUACUCCCAUCAUCAUCUUCUGUUGGACUGAUUCGAUGACGGUGUUAUAUUGGCUAAAGUCACCUCCACGUCGCUGGAAGCCAUUUGUCGCCAACAGAGUGGCACAAAUCCAACAGGAAACUCGGAUCAAAUGCUGGAGACACGUUCCUGGGGUGGACAAUCCAGCAGAUGAUAUAUCUCGUGGGCUGCUUCCAGACAAGCUACUAUCUUCUCAUCGCUGGUGGCAUGGGCCACAUUGGUUAAGUAGCAAGGAGGCAGAUUGGCCACAUAACCCUACCACAGAAGAAAUCGUUUGCAAUGACGAGGAGAGAGCUACACAAUUGGUUGCUGCAACAUCUACAACGAACGAUUUUGGCAGCAAAUAUUUCGCACGGUUUUCUGGCUACCUGAAACUUCUUCGAACGACGGCCUACGCCUUGCGCUAUCUUCGAUGCUUAAAGGAUAGCGUAUCUUCGGUAACAGCAGUUAGCAGAAAAAAUACAACAGUUGCAGAACUUAUCGCAUUGAUCUCAGCACUAUCCAAGGAUGAACUACAUCGCGCUGAGAUGUGCUUGUGUAAACUUGCGCAACAAGAUUCGUUUCCGGAGGAUCUUCAUGCGAUAAGGAGUGGUAACGAGAUACCACGACACUCACGGCUAAAAUGGUUGUCACCUUUCGUUGAUCAUGAUGGAAUCUUGCGUGUUGGUGGCCGGCUUCAAAACGCGCAGAUUACAGACGCCACGAAACAUCCGAUUGUGCUGUCGUCGAAACACCCGCUCGCAUCAUUACUGGUUUGUUGGUAUCAUCGCAAACUGUUGCAUGCUGGACCGCAACUUUUGCUAGCUUCACUUCGUCAACGAUUUUGGAUAAUCGGAGGCCGCAGUUUAGUGAAGUCUAUUUUUCAUCGAUGGUUCUGUUGUCAGUGUUUGUAG